AAAGCGCUUUGGGUUACAACCUGUUUUGGUUUACUAACGGACCUCCGGAAUGGAUUAUGGUUGUAAAGCAAGGUACCACUGUAUAAUAUUUACAGAGUGUAAAAUGUAGAAUGGAACAAACCUUUUGCCCUUGCUUUCCUUGAAUGAAAUUGCAUUCAGUUUCUGACGAAGAGCAGCCACCUGUCUAUGUCCCAGGAAUUUCCACAGAGAGGAAUUUUAGAGCAAGACACCUGCUGAAAGGUCAGAAAGUGGAAGUGAAGGCAAAGGUGCCUGCGGCUGCUGCUCCUGCCCCAAUGGAUGCCUGGAAAAGCGCAGGCCAAGCGCCUGGGCAGCAGGUCCCUGACAAAGGAGGAAUGAAGAGUGCUUCUCUGAAGGAUUUAUGUCCUGAAGACAAGAGGCGCAUAGCAAACUUAAUUAAGGAGCUUGCAAGCAGAAUGAACCACAGGGAGCUACCACUAAGAGUUGACCCACUUCAAUCCUUCUCUGUUUGUCCUUGAGAUGAUGCCCUUGUCAGAUGCUUUCAUUUGCAAGAAACCAUAUUUUGUCCAGUAGUGAACUCUGAAAACCAACUGUGGCAAAACAUGUGUUGUGCAUACUGUAGUUCGUUUACAGGAUAUCAAACCUGGUCCUGCAAGCUUCUGAGUUUGUCCCUUAGUGUGUGAAGAAGGGUUGCGGGAAUGCAUGCAAGCCAGCCGCUUGAUCACGAAAUGGCAAACCGUGGUUUGUUAUGUCAGAACUGGGCAGAGGGUCCAAGAUGGUUGUAGUUCAGUUGUAAAAGAUCAUAAGUGUAAUCAUUAGCAUUUAUGUUGGUGUUAAAUUUAUUUCAAACUGGAUGAUUUUUUGAAGAGAUGUUAAGGGAUUUUUUUUUAAUCCUCAUUUAAAUAAAUAUAUAUGUUUCCCCCC